ACACAGACACACAUACAAUGCAGUGGGUGAGGUUUGGGUGUGAGUGAGUGCCUCCACCAGGAAUGCGGUCGUGUGUGUUUGACUGUACACUCUCGCCCAGGCUUAUCUGUCAGUUUCUCUGCAUGUCUCGCCUGACAGACACCGAAAGAGACUCUGAUAAACUCUCACGAUCACGUCAGAAAAUGGAAAAAGGGAAAAGGAGAAUACAGAGGUAGAGAGACGCGAGAACGGGCACCGUGUGGAUACAUGAAGCGAGUGUCAGAGCACCUGUUCCUGGACACCUGACAGACUUCCAGGAAAUCCCUCACUGAAUCAGUUCUUAGAGACUUUUCUCUCUUUCUCUCUGGUGGAUUUUGUAUUCAUCCAGAUUCUAACUCAGUGAACUUUGUGUGGAUUAUGGCUGUGGACUGACUGAACAUUUGAAUUCAAACUCUAGAUCUACUGCAGGUGCUGCUUUACCUUUCAGAUUCGUAUCUUGUUUUUACUUUCGUUGCCAAAUUUUCACUUUAAGAAGUUAAAUCUGUGUCUGUCAAGUUGAGGCUUCGGCAUCACUCUUGGACUUUUUAUUCCCUGGAUGAAUACUGUCUCUGUAUAUCAUGUGUACAAAGAUAUUCUCAGGAGAUAUUCUGUGAUCGAGCGCGUUAUGAUGUUGGAAUGACAUCAGAGUUUCUGCUAAGGUGACAACAGAGAGAACGAUCUCACCACAGAUUUUACAUCUGACUCCUGACUGAUGCUACACACACUGCUGGAGCUGAACAUGGUAUCUCACUGCACCAGAAGUGAACCCCAAAGCCUGUCCUUGUGGUGAGGUCCCUGCUGUAACCAUGGCAUCCUGGGUGAAGCAGCAGGAGCGUGGCCUGUCCUCUCUAUUUUCUUGCUGCUUCAGAGGAAAUGACCAACCAGAGAUCACCUACUGCCAUGAAAACAUUGACAACAUGGCUGUGCUGGAGCCCACCCUGCCCAUGCCCCCCCUUCAAGAGCUGGACUCCAGGUUUGCUGAGCUGGUGGAUGAAUUGGACCUUACAGAGGAGCACAGAGCUGCCAUGUUUUCUCUGCCAGCAGAGAAAAAAUGGCAGAUCUACUGUAGUAAGAAAAUGGAGGCAGAGGAGAAUAAAGGAGCUACCAGCUGGCCAGAGUUUUAUAUUGACCAGCUCAGGACCAUGGCUACUAGGAAGACUCUGCUGGCACUGGAGGAUGAAGAAGAUCAGGGAAGACAAAAGGUGGUAGAAGGUCUGAAAACAGCACUGAGGACACAACCAAUGAGAUUCGUGACACGAUUCAUUGACUUGGAUGGCCUGUCUUGUAUCCUGAAUUUCCUCAAGUCAAUGGACUACGAGACUACUGAGUCUCAGAUCCACACCUCACUGAUCGGCUGCAUCAAAGCUCUAAUGAACAACUCUCAGGGUAGAGCUCAUGUCCUGGGUCACACUGAGAGCAUCAACAUCAUCGCGCAAAGUCUCGCCACUGAAAACAUCAAGACAAAGGUUGCAGUGUUAGAGAUCCUCGGCGCAGUAUGUUUGGUGCCAGGGGGCCACAAGAAAGUACUAGAAGCUAUGCUGCACUACCAGAAAUUCGCCUCAGAGAGAACUCGCUUUCAGAACCUGCUGACAGACUUGGAUAGAUCCACUGGCCGCUACAGAGAUGAAGUCAGUCUGAAGACUGCCAUCAUGUCCUUCAUCAACGCUGUGCUCAGUCAGGGAGCAGGAGCGACCAGUCUGGAGUUCCGCAUCCAUUUGCGCUACGAGUUCCUGAUGUUGGGCAUCCAGCCAGUCAUUGACAAACUACGUUCCCAUGAAAACGCCACCCUGGACAGACAUCUGGACUUCUUUGAGAUAUUGAGGAAUGAAGAUGAACUUGCGAUUUCCAAACGCUUUGAUGUUGUCCAUAUAGAAACUAAGAGUGCCAGUCAGAUGUUUGAGCUGAUCAAGAAGAAUCUGAACCACACUGAAGCGUACCCUCACCUCCUGUCUGCACUGCAGCACUGUCUCAUGAUGCCAUAUAAGCAGAGCAGUACCACACUUCAGUACUGGGUGCUGUUGGACCGGAUCAUUCAGCAGCUGGUUCUGCAGACAGACAAAGGUGAAAACCCUGAUUUUGCUCCACUGGAGGACUUCAACGUUAAAAAGAUUGUGCGCAUGCUCGUCAAGGAGAACGAGGUCAAACAAUGGAAAGAACAAGCUGAUAAAAUGAGAAAAGACCAUCAGAACUUACAGCAGCGUUUGGAAAAGAAAGAGAGGGAGUGUGAGGCCAAGAACAAGGAGAAAGAAGAUAUGAUGGCGAUGCUGAACAAGAUGAAAGACAAGCUGGAGCGAGAGAUCAACGAUCACAAGCAAGCCAAACUACAAGUGGCCGAACUGUCUGCACGGCUGCAGCAGCUCAGCUCUAAUCAGACCUCCAGUGUUCCAGGAGGACCUCCUGUGACCUCCGCUGGUUUGGUUUCUCCUGGUAUCGUCCCGUCCAUUCCAUCUCUUCCUCCUCCUCCUCCUCCUCCACCACCCCCUCCUCCCCCGGGGGCCCCGCCAGCUUUCGGCAUGGCUCCGUUAGCUCCACCUCUUCCUCCAGGAGCUCCGCUCGGAGCUGCCCGCAAGAAGAAUAUUCCUCAGCCAUCCAACCCGAUGAAGUCAUUCAACUGGAGCAAACUGCCUGAGAACAAGACAGAAGGAACCAUAUGGAAAGAAAUCGACGAUCUCGAGGUGUUCAAGGUCCUGGAUCUAGAGGAGUUCCAGAAGACCUUCUCAGCUUACCAAAAGCCACAAAAGGAUGCUGAGGAUGAUCACACUUUCACUAAGAAAGUCAAGGAACUGUCAGUGAUCGAUGGUCGCCGCGCACAGAACUGUAACAUCCUGCUCUCACGACUGAAGCUGACCAAUGAGGAGAUCCGUCAUGCCAUCCUGACCAUGGAUGAACAGGAGGACUUACCUAAAGACAUGCUGGAGCAGCUUCUGAAGUUUGUUCCAGAGAAGAGUGACAUUGAGCUGUUAGAGGAACACAAGCACGAGCUGGACCGCAUGGCCAGAUCAGACCGCUUCCUGUACGACAUGAGCAGAAUCAACCACUAUCAACAGAGACUCCAGGCUCUCUACUUCAAGAAGAAGUUUGCUGAGAGAGUGGCUGAGGUCAAACCUAAAAUCAAAGCUCUGUGUCUUGCGUCCAGUGAGGUGGUUACAGAGUGGGAUCUGCGUCAACUCCUCGAGGUGGUUCUGGCCUUUGGGAACUAUAUGAACAAAGGACAAAGGGGAAAUGCCUAUGGAUUUAAAGUGUCCAGUCUCAACAAGAUAGCUGACACCAAGUCAAGCAUAGACAAGAACAUCACUCUGCUCCACUACAUGAUCACUGUGCUGGAGAAGAAGUAUCCAAAGGUGGCAGCUUUCAGUGAGGAGCUGCAGAAUGUACCAGAAGCUGCUAAAGUCAAUCUGACAGAGUUGGAGAAGGACAUUGGCAGUCUCAGAUCUAGCCUAAACAGCGUUGAGAUG